AUGCAGUCACAAUUUGUACAACCAACCAUUGAAACAUUAAAGAAGACUAUUGAUACCAAUAGAUCUUCAAAUGAAAGUCCAAAUGUUUAUCCAGUAUAUAAAUAUGUGCCACAUAAUGACAUAACUAUUCAUCAAGCUUAUUUGAAAUUGGCCAAUUUAAAUGAUUCAAAUAGAACAGAAUCAUUUCUUUUUGAAUCCUCCGUUAAAGGUGACACUAUUGAUAGAUACUCGUUUAUUGGGAUACAACCUACUAAAAUCAUCAAGACCGGUGAUAAUCCUAAAAAAUUUGCUAAAGAAUUUUGUAAUGUCGAUCCCAUAACCGUUUUGGAAAAGGAAUUGUCUAAUUACAAACAAGCUUCAUUACCAGGUUUGCCUAAAUUCAGUGGAGGUGCCACUGGAUAUAUAUCUUAUGAUUGUAUCAAGUAUUUUGAACCAAAAACAAAACGUUCAAUGAAAGAUGUUUUAGGAUUACCAGAGGCUGUUUUAAUGUUUUGUGAUUUGGUGGUAGCUUUUGACCAUGUGUACCAAAGAUUUCAAAUCAUUUAUAACAUUAAAAUAAACGACAAAAUAAAUCAAGAUAUAGAGAAUUUGUAUAAACAAGCCACGGAAAACAUUGAAAAAAUUGAAAAAAUUUUAUUAAGAAAUGUAUCUAAUGAAGAAAUUGCUCCCAAACAAGGACCAAUUAAAUUAGGACAGAAUUUCACAUCCAAUAUUGGUCAAGAAGGUUACGAAAAACAUGUUACCACUUUGAAAGAACAUAUUUUGAAAGGUGACAUUAUUCAAGCAGUACCUUCACAAAGAAUUGCCCGUCCAACUUCAUUACAUCCAUUCAAUAUUUAUAGACACUUGAGAACAGUCAAUCCAUCACCUUACUUGUUUUACAUUGAUUUAUUGGAUUUCCAAAUCAUUGGUGCAUCACCUGAGUUAUUGGUUCAAUCAGACACUAAGGGAAGGAUUGUUACACAUCCUAUUGCCGGUACCAUGCCUCGUGGUAAGACAAAUGAAGAGGAUGAAGAAAAUGCCGAGAUUUUGCGAGCAAGUUUGAAAGAUAGAGCUGAACAUAUUAUGCUUGUUGAUUUAGCAAGAAAUGAUGUGAAUAGAGUGUGUCAACCAACCACUAACAAAGUUGAUAAAUUAUUGACUAUUCAAAGAUUUUCUCACGUCAUGCAUUUGGUAUCUGAAGUUAGUGGGACUUUACGUGAAGAUCAAACAAGAUUUGAUGCAUUUAGAUCUAUAUUCCCUGCCGGGACUGUUAGUGGAGCUCCUAAAGUUAAGGCCAUGGAGUUAAUUGCAGAAUUGGAAAAGGAAAAAAGAGGUGUUUAUGCUGGUGCUGUUGGCCAUUGGGGGUACGAUGGGAAAACCAUGGAUACAUGUAUCGCCUUGCGUACCAUGGUGUAUAAAGAUGGAGUGGCCUAUUUACAAGCUGGGGGUGGUAUUGUUUUUGAUAGUGAUGAAUAUGAUGAAUACAUUGAAACUAUGAAUAAAAUGAAGGCUAAUAAUAACACUAUCGUCGAAGCAGAAAAGAUUUGGGCUGGCAAAGUUGGUAAAUUAGAGGGGGUAGUAGAAUAA